AUUGUGUACGCAUUAACUAGCAGACUUGGAAUAGCUGAUAACACAACACUAGCAAGAACAACACGUAUGCAAGAAACGACUACAAGUCUUAUAAUCGAAGAACCUGCUUUUGACGAUAGGAAAGUCCUGUUGAUUGGAAAUAUUGUUGUUAAUUUUACCGAUUGGGUGGAUGACGCAUUCAGAUUUGCUCAGAAAGCGAUAGAAGAUGUUAACAAUAAUAAAGAAAUGUUUCCUUUAUUUAAGCUCAAAUUGGACCCCUGUAUUCCAGGAGAAAACAACAUUGCUAGCGUCACCAGCAAAUUAUUGGAUUAUGUCCGCAAAGUGAAAAAUACACCGUUUAUGUUCACGCCAAUCGUAGCACAGGAAACGAUAGAAAGCUUGUGUGGCAAAUGGGGAUGUAUAACGUAUGGGAUGAGUGACCGUAUACAAUAUACCGGGAUGAACAAAUACCACACAAAAGUACAUGCUGCAGCUUCAGAUUGUGCCUUU